AUGGCAAUUUUAGAUGCUUUAUCCAGUGAGGCUACUCCUCCAGAGGACUGGAAGCAUAUUGCCCAUGCUUGCCUUUCCGGAGGCGAUUAUCUCUUAUGGAAAUCAGAAUUUUAUGAGAAUUGCAAAAAGAAGGCCAAUGAGAAUGCCUUAAGACAGAUCCCUAUUACUUUUGAUAUGCUAGCAGGAGAAGGCAUGUAUGCUGACCUAAGAAAUCAAAUGGGAUUUGCGCCAGACGCUUAUGGCCAAACUGCCGCAGCAACUAAAGAUGCUUGGCGAAUGCUGCCUGAUACUUCCCUUAAGGAAGAACAUGUUUCACAAAUAAGACAAGGCGCAGAUGAGCCUUUCCAGGAAUUUGUGUCUCGCCUCAGCACAGCUGCAGGGCGGACUUUCGGACCGUCAGUUGCUACUCAGUCUUUCAUAACGCAGCUUGCUUAUGAAAAUGCUAAUUCUGCUUGUCAAGCGGUUAUUAGACCGUUUAGAAAGAAAGGAACUUUAUCUGAUUUUAUCCGUUUGUGCUCAGAUGUGGGACCGUCUUUUUCUCAAGGUAUAGCCCUAGCUGCAGCUUUACAAGGAAAAUCUAUAAAAGAAGUAAUGUAUCAACAGACAAAACUCCAUGCAGGGAGUCGUUCUGGGGCUUGUUUUACUUGUGGAAAAUUGGGACAUCGAGCGGCUCAAUGCCCUCGCAAAGCCGAGCCCGAGAAUUCAGCAGCUCCUACAAAAAAGCCUCCAGAUAUAUGUCCUAAAUCCUCUGGAUGGCACGCCACCCUAUUGGUCAAAGCAAGCGUCCUCUUCCUUUCAGUGGUCUGCUGCUGCCAUGGGCUCCUAGAGUUGUACACAUUUUACACGGAGGCCUCUACCCAAACGGACACCUGGCAUGGCGAGCAGGAUUCCGGCCAGGUGCGGGACCAGCAAUCCCAGUGGGAGGCACUGGAAGCUUGGGUCUGCCUGUUAGAGGAGGGGCCCCACAGUAGAGAUUCUGAGGCAGAGGUGGAUGAUGCGAGUGGAGACAAUGUAGCUCCCAACCCCCACGCCCAGGCCAUGAUGAAGCAAAAGGCUCAGGUAACACCUAAGACCCUGCUCCUGAACCACUUUCCUGAAAUAUGCGCUAAGGCUCGUAAUUAUGGCGUGGAAGUGAAGAAAGAUGGGGAGCGAGCAUACCAGUAUUGGCCUUUUUCAAGCAGUGAUCUGUACAACUGGAAGGCCCAAAACCCUCCUUUUUCUGAGGACCCAAAAGGCCUAACUGACCUGUUCGAGUCUGUCAUGCACACACACAGUCCCACUUGGGAUGAUUGCCAGCAGCUUCUUAAGACCUUAUUCACCACCGAGGAGCGUGAGCGGAUCCUCACCGAGGCCAGAAAGAAUGUCCCCGGCGACAACAGGCGGCCAACGACCUUGCCGAACCUGAUCGACGAGCGCUUUCCCCUGAAUAGACCGGAUUGAGACUUUGGGAACACAGAAGGUAGAGAGUAUCUCUGAGUCUACUGCCAGACUCUUAUGGCAGGUCUCCGAGCGGCGGCAUGCCGCCCCACCAAUUUGGCCAAGGUAAAAGCUAUAAUGCAAGGGGAAAAUGAAAGCCCGGUUGUCUUUUUAGAAUGCCUCUAUGAUGCUUAUAGACAGUACACCCCAUUGGACCCCCUGGCAGAGGAGAAUCAGUCGGCUGUAAUUAUGUCCUUUAUAAACCAGGCUGCCCCAGAUAUUAGGAAGAAAUUGUAUAAACAGGACGGACUGGGAGAGAUGUCCAUUCGGGAUUUGAUGAAAGUAGCGGAGAGAGUCUUCAACACUUGAGAGACUCCCGAAGAAAGGGAGGAUAGAAUUAGGAAAGAAAAUCAGGAGUUUCAGGAACGAAUCAGGAAGGAAGACAGAGAGCAUCAGAGUAGGGAAAACAGGAGGCAGCAGAGGGAGAUGGCCAAGAUCUUGUUGGCAGGCGUGCAAGGCACAGUCAGGGCGGGACCAAGUCCAGCCGGACCAGCCCAACCGUGGAGACCGUGGCCUCAACUGGAUAGGGGACAGUGUGCAAACUGCAAAGAAUAUGGACAUUGGAAGAGGGAGUGCCCCAAGCGCCAGGGCUAGACCGGGCAGGAUGCACUGGUGGGAAUGGACAGUGACUAGGGGGGACGGGACUCGGAUCCCCUCCCCGAGUCUUGGGUAACUGCGUAUGUGGAGGGGAAGCCAGUAGGAUUCAUGGUAGACACAGGAGCCCAGUACUCAGUUUUAAACAAGCCUACGGAGCCCUUAUCUCAGAAAACCAGUUUGGUGCAAGGGGCAACUGGGUCCAAGGCUUAUCGGUGGACCAGUAGGCACCAAGUGGACUUAGGCCGCCACCAAGUGACCCCCUCCUUCCUGGUUAUCCCUGAAUGCCCUGCCCCCUUAUUGGGGCGCGAUCUCCUGAGUAAGAUCAGGGCCCAGAUCCAUUUUGAGCCGGAUGGCAUCAAGGUAUUGGGUGGCCAGCAACAGCCCCUCCAUAUUCUGACCCUGUCUCUUGCGGAUGAACAUUGCCUGUUCGCCCUGCAGGACAACCCCUACAACCCUCCCUCUACAGAAUGGCCCUGUGAUAUGGAUUAUUGGCUUAAAACGUACCCUCAGGCGUGGCCGGAAAUAGCGGGUGUGGGUCGGGCAGCCCACCGAGCACCAGUAGUGGUCAAACUUAAAGCCUCGGCCCAGCCUAUCCGGGUCCGCCAGUACCCCAUGUCCACCGAGGCAUGGAAAGGGAUUGCCCCACACAUUAACCGUCUAGUGGAAGCUGGAAUACUGAAACCUUGCCAUUCUUCCUGGAACACCCCACUUCUCCCCGUUAAGAAACCAGGGGGAAAAGAUUAUAAGCCAGUCCAGGACCUGAGGGAAGUGAAUAAGAGGGUCGAAGACAUCCACCCCAUGGUCCCCAACCCUUAUACCUUGCUAAGUCACUUGCCCCCUUCACAUGUCUGGUAUACUACCUUAGACCUAAAGGAUACAUUUUUUAGCAUAGCCCUGGCACCCAGCAGCCAACACAUUUUUGCCUUCGAAUGGCAUGAUGGCAAUACGGGAACCCCCGGGCAGCUGACCUGGACUAGACUACCGCAAGGCUUCAAAAACUCUCCAACUCUGUUUAAUGAAGCCCUAAAUCAGGAUUUGGACUCGUUUCGCCAGAGCCAUAAUUCAGUUACGCUCCUGCAGUAUGUAGAUGACUUGCUUCUGGUGGCCCCCUCCGAAGCCGAAUGCCGACAGGCCACUGGGAACCUCCUCCAGGAGCUGGGGCAGUUGGGCUAUCGGGCCAGUGCAAAGAAGGCUCAAAUAUGCAGGCAAACAGUCACCUACCUGGGAUAUAAGCUGAAAGAAGGAACCAGAUGGCUGACAGAGGCCAUAAAAGAGACUAUUCUUAGACUUCCUGUCCCGACCUCAGCCCGAGAGGUCCGCGAGUUUUUAGGGACGACAGGCUACUGCCGACUGUGGAUUCUGGGGUAUGCUGAAAUAGCAAAGCCUCUGUAUGAGGCAACCAAGGAUAAGGUCCCUUGGGCCUGGGGGUCAGACCAACAGAAGGCCUAUGAUGAACUCAAGGUCGCUCUCUAGAGCCCGGCCCUGGCAUUGCCAGACCCCCUGAAGCCCUUCACUCUCUUUGUUGAUGAGAGAAGGGGAAUAGCGAAAGGGGUGCUAAUGCAGUGUCUGGGGCCCUGGAAACGUCCGGUUGCCUAUUUAUCCAAGAAGUUAGAUCCAGUUGCAGCAGGAUGGCCCCCGUGCUUAAGAAUCAUUGCAGCAGUAGACCUAAUGGUGAAGGAUGCAGAUAAACUCACUUUUGGGCAACAUCUGAAGGUGGUGACCCCCCAUGCGAUCGAGGGGGUCCUGAAAUAUCCCCCUGGUAGGUGGAUGACCAAUGCCUGCCUAACCCAUUACCAAGGACUCUUGCUAGAUGCAUCCCGGAUCAUCUUUGCUGAACCCACCGCUCUGAAUCCAGCCACCCUGCUGCCGACCCCGGAUCUGGAAGCUCCCCUGCAUGAUUGCCAAGAGAUCAUGGCAGAAGUCACCCAGGUGUUCCCCGACCUCCAGGAUGCCGCACUACCCAACAGUGAGUUGGUAUGGUACACUGAUGGAAGCAGCUUCAUUAUAGACGGUGUGCGGAGGGUGGGCGCGGCGGUGGUAGACCAAGGCGGGAACAUCAUUUGGAGUGCCUCACUUUCCCCGGGGACCUCAGCCCAGAAGGCCGAACUGAUCACGCUGGCGGAGGCGCUGGAAUGGGCCGAAGGGAGACGAGUGACUGUCUACACCGAUAGCCGCUACGCUUUUGGCACUGUCCAUGUGCAUGGCGCUAUCUACCGGGAGAGAGGCUUUGUUACAGUGGAAGGAAAGGUUCUGUGCAAUCUCCCUGAGGUACAAAGACUGCUGAUGGCCGUGCAAAUACCCCGGGCAGUUGCAGUUGUCCACGUCCCCGGGCACCAGUCUGCCUGGACCCCAGAAGCUGAAGAAAACCGGCGAGCGGAUGAAGCCGCCAAGGUGGAUUUUACUGAGGUAAAGCCUGGGAGGUGUGGGUAUAAGUACUUGCUAGUAAUGGUUGAAUUUUCAGGCUGGGUGGAAGCCUUCCCCACGAAACGGGAGACUGCCCAGGUUUUUGCUAAGGCGUUACUAGAAGAAAUUAUUCCCAGAUAUGGGGUCUCUGAGAUUUUAGGCUCCGAUAACGGCCCAGCUUUCAUCAGUAACAUCCUACAGGGACUGGGCCGAGCGAUAGGGACCAAUUGGAAGUUACAUUGUGAAUAUAAUCCCCAGAGCUCAGGGCAAGUAGAAAGAAUGAAUCGGACUCUAAAGGAGACCUUGUCCAAACUGGCCAUCGAGACUGGCAGGGACUGGGUGAGCCUCUUACCCUAUGCCAUCUUCCGGGUCCGAAACUCACCAUAUGGACAUGGUUUGACACCUUUCAAAAUUCUGUAUGGGGCACCACACCCCAUUAUUGUUCGUACUCUACCAGAUCAUGACCCCAAUGUGGCCCCAAGUUAUCUGGCCAGUUUAAAGGCCCUGCAGGGAGUCCAGCAUGAGAUAUGGCCCCUAGUGCGUUCCCUGUAUGAAAUUAAGGAUGCACCGAACCCAGAACAUGGCAUCGUUCCGGGGGAUUGGGUAUGGGUAAGGAGACACAGGUCCCAGACACUGGAGGAAAGGUGGAAAGGUCCUUAUGUGGUUAUUCUGGUUACCCUCACUGCCUUAAAGGUUGACGGCAUCGGGCCUUGGGUCCAUCACUCUCACGUGUGCCGAGCCAACCAGCUGGAGCAGACACAAGCUGAGGAGUGGACCAUGAAGGUCAUCCACUGCCUGUUACCACCCUGCGACUACCUGGUAGGAGCUACAAAACAGUCUAUCAUUGGUCAGUGCCUCUGCUGCAUCUGGCAGCUUGCGGGAUAG